UUUACUUAUUAAGCAGGCCUAAAAAUUUAAACUUCGUAUUCAGAUAUUUUCCAAAUUCUUGUGUAAAAUGCGUAAUAAUCCAAUUUGUGAAACCAUAACAAAUUUACCGAUGAAAUUCGACAUUGAGAAUCUUGCUGCCGAAUUCAAGCCAAGAGACAAAAAGCAGAAUGUCGAACAAACUAAAUCACCCAGAGAUUUUCUUAGUACACCCGAUAAUAAUUGGGUCGUCUUGCCCAUGUUUAAAAAUCAUUUGGACCACUUGAAGCCAAUUAUAUCGUGUCGUACCAACAAAUAUAUGCGUUGUCGCUAUAGAAAAUUUCUUAAUAAUGUGCCUGACAGCUAUGUGAAUAUCACUGUUUACGGUAGCACCAUCAGCAACCAACCAUAUCCAAGAAGAAAAUCACUUACUGGACAAUUUUAUGGCGUGGACUUUAAAUUAGCGCCUGUCCCCGCCUCGGCUGAUCCACGUGGUGCCUUGGGAGGACGAACCGACAAAAAACAUUAAACCAAGACAAACUGCAUU